CACAGGAAUUUGUAGCUGGCCAGGAUCCAGUGGAGAUCUAUUGAAUUCGACUUUCAGCUCGGCGGAGAGCUGCCUCAACCACUCGGAGUUCUGGACGACUGUAGAGGAGAGCCAUGACAAAUUUGUCUGCAAACAAGGAGAAGUUGUGUGCGUGCUCCCAAAUGAAAUGUGUGACAGAUACCCCACACCUCCUCUCACUUCACCCAGCCCAAUAGCCAGCACUACUUUGCCUGCAACAACAACACAGUCUCCUCCACCCAACACCACUCUACAACAAAACACCACCUCCCUCCCAUUGAACACAACAUUACCUCCACCCAACAGCACCUCUACAGCGCCAAAUACUACAACAUCAGCUCCUAAUACAACAACAUCAGCUCCAAAUACUACAUCAGCAGCUCCAAAUACUACAACAUCAGCUCCAAAUACUACAUCAGCAUCUCCAAAUACAACAACAUCAGCUCCUAAUACAACAACAUCAGCUCCUAAUACAACAACGUCAGCUCCUAAUACAACAACGUCAGCUCCUAAUACAACAACGUCAGCUCCUAAUACAACAACUUCAGCUCCUAAUACAACAACGUCAGCUCCUAAUACAACAACGUCAGCUCCUAAUACUACAACAUCUGCUCCUAAUACAACAACGUCAGCUCCAAAUACUACAACAUCAGCUCCAAAUACUACAACAUCAGCUCCUAGCACCAUUGUCACACCACAAACCAACACAAUGACAACCAUCCACCCCAUUCAUCCUUCGCUAAACACCUCCACAACCAGGACCAUUGCCACAACUCCCCCGGGUAAUACCACUGCAAACUCAUCAACACCCGUCCUUCCACCAGUAAACACCGCAACAGCCUCCCCAAAGACCACCACGACAGCCGUGAUAACAACCACCGCAGCACAAAACACCACAGAAGCCAGUAAUGAAGAGCAGGCCAACCAGUUGCUGGAUCUGACAAGCGACGUGUCCAAGCUCAACUCCUCCCAGGUGGACCAGCUGGUAUCCCAGCUAGAGGCCCUGCUUGCUGGGCCCAAUGUCAGCCUGGCUCUGGGGAAAACCUCUGUCACGAUCGUUAGCAACCUGCUGGGUGUCUCCUCUGACACCCUGGCCUCCUCCUCCACCAAGAUCAUUGGGAUUGUUGAUACUGUGGGCCUGAAGCUGGUUGUUCAGGAAGACGCUACGAUUUUAACCGAAUCGGUCGCUCUCGCCGUCAAAACGGUGGACGGCACUGAUUUCCAGCGAACAUCUUUCUCCAUCCGAGACCCCAACAGUGUGCAGAUCCGUGGAGACAACAGAGCCAGGAGGAGUGUGAGAGCAGAGGCUUCCUCCCUCCCUCAGGGGUCCGUCACAUUCCCCUCUUCCCUCACAGCGAACCUCUCCCCUGAGCAGCAGCUACAGGCCUCCAGACUCCAGUUCAACUUCUACCAGAAGAGCACUGUGUUCCAGGACCGAGCCCUGGGAGACAGCAAGCUGAAUAGUGGAAUCCUGGGGGCCAGUGUGGCCAACCUGUCAAUCAAGUCUCUGCAGGAGGACGUGGUCAUCACCCUGAGAAACACUGAACCUGUCUUAGUGAGUCCAGCAAACACCACACUGUACAUUUGA